AGAGGCUGCAAAAUAGCCUCAUCCCCAGAGCGCCGGAGCGCAUCCCCAGAGCGCCUCUCCCCCUAGCGUACAGGGCGCUAGCUCCGAUAAGGGCCUGGGGCGUCGCGCUACAGCAAGCCCCCGUUCCCUUCGGGGACUCCGUCCUGCGCAAGUAAGUACGGAGUAAGCCGCUUGGGCUUCCCCCACGGGCGACGAGGCACGUCUAAGACGCCAUGGGAGAGAGAUCGACAUCGACCCUGCGCUACGUUGCAAUUUCUUGGUGCUCGAUGCCGACAAUUGUGUGCGUGUGCGUGUGUGGUUCUGAAGGUUCUGGCGUUUCGCCGGAGAGCAGUAGGGCUUAUUACCUAGUUUGAGGAAUGAAUGAUACGACUCGGACUGAAAGAACAUGUAUGGCGACAUCCACAGCAGUUAUAUUUCCUUUACAUAAAACACCCCAUCAACCGUCACAACCAACCUCGGCACCCUCCCCCAGCAGCAUCCUACGCUGUAAGUCUAGCCUCAUUUCCAGAUUCCGUCUCCAAUCCCAAACCUUUUCUAAUCCCUCACAUCCAUCACCACUCACUCGUUAGCCCGGGUGUCGGUCAAGGUCUAUCCGCCUCCAAGCUCAUCCCCUCCCUGUUCCCCGGCCUCAAUCCCUGCGCCCCAUGCUGCCAGGAAAACAAUCAGACGAACCGCCACCUCAGCUCUCAUCCUCCUCGUCCCAGAGUACGACGCUGGUCCCGUGGUCACCACGCCAUCAAUUGGGUGUUCCCCCCCGCGGGCGCUGCGAGAUACAACGUUCCGUUGGAGCUUCCCUGUCGAGCGUCUCCCAAAUGCUGGAACAUACCUAACAACCAAUGCCAUCUUCUCACACCCUGUCCCCUGUGUCGCUUGUGCCAUUGGUCCGUGAACGACACCCCACCCGUUGAGAAAGCUCCGAAGGUCCAGAAAGUCCAACUUCUUCCACUCAAGCGCCGCGCGGGGAUGCCGCUGUUGGACAGUCGGUCCCCCUCUCUUCCGUAAACGGACUGUACCUAUCGGCAGAACGGCUCACACCGGUGCUGUUGAAAAGGAUGCCCACAUAUUAACCUUAUCGAAAGCCUGUUAGGAGCCUUUCCUAAUACUCAGUUACCUUGAAUGAAUCGACGCAUUGCCGAUCCUCCAGGACCCAGCAUCGAAUCAUAAGGGCCCGUAGCUCGUC